AUGUUUAUAUAUCUGAGCAAAAAGGUGCGUCGUUAUUUCGUUUCCCUUCUAAUAUUUCGGUGUGGAAGUUUGUUUACUUCCAGCUAACGUUGUCAAGGUGAAUAUUUUUCUUUUGGCGAACUGAUCUUCAUUUCUUUCUCGAUCUGUUUGAAACACUGAUACCGAUUUCUAGAUCGCCAUACCAAACAAUGUGAGGCUGAGAUGCUUGGCUUGGAAUCGGGAGCAAGGUUACAUCGCCUGUGGUGGAGAGGAUGGAUUACUUAAAGUACUCAAACUAGAGAUACAGCAAGGUAAACUUACGCUUAUUAGCUUUUUUUGGGGCUUGAAUUGUUCUUGUAGUACAGGUUGUAGGUAGACAAGAUGAUGCAAAUGUAAACAAAUACGGCAAAUCUUUAGAACUAUGAAGUACUGUCGCACAUAAAUGACAUAAUUUUGCAUCGACCAUGUACGUAAUACAUUGAAUAUUUGUCAGAACUGUCAACAUUGCAUCAAACAAAAAAUAAUGCAAUGUGUUUGUUGUUUACAUCUUGAUUUUUUUAGGUAAAGAUGCAAAAGUUAGAGGUCUGGCAGCUCCUAGUAAUCUUUCAAUGAAUCAAAACCUUGACGGGCACACUGGUAAGUGAUAAUGUCACCUGGCAAAGUACAUUGUUCUCUGGUUUAUGAGGUUAUUAUUGUUCUGUACAAUUACUUUUGCAAUGACCAAUGCUGUGUAGCAGAGAAAAUAAAAUAGUCACUGCUUGUUAAUUAACACAUGCAGCUUUUGAGUUAAAAUAGGGGGCGCAAUGACUACGUGAACAAGAAUUGCAAUGAUGCACUGAGUAGUGUAAACUGCCAAUCUGCACAAUUUUAUCCUGAAGUGGCACCUGGGGUAAGGAUCAUAUACAUGUCGGAAAGGGUUUGUGGGGGGGUGGGGGGGCUGGGCAGGAAGGGUUGAGUUUGCCCGUAAUUGAGGUUGAAAUAGAUUGAGGUGCCACUACCCUCCUUGUUUCAUUAUCUAUGAUCCGGAUCAAUUUAAAGCUGCACUGUCUGCUCUCUAUGUUUUGCUACUGGCAGUAGAACUAGCACACUAUACAAAACCAUUACAGCAGUUGUACAAAAAUAUUUAUAACAUAGAUGGUGCACAUUUUGCACUUAGGCUUGUAACUUCAUUGUAAGGUAAUUGACCACAGCAUAUUAAUAACUUAGUUCUUUUUUCACUUAGGUGCUGUUCAAGUGGUAACCUGGAAUGAACAAUUUCAAAAGUUGACUACCAGUGAUCAGUAUGGUCUUAUUAUUGUAUGGAUUCUCUAUAAAGGUGAGUCAGUUUCAUUAAAUUAAUGCAAGAACCAACAUUCUAAAUCCAAUUCAGGGAUUAAGGUUAAUGUAAUUUGCUGGAAGGAUCUUGAAAUUUUCCACAUCUAGCAAUCAUGGUCUUGAAUUUUCCAUUCUUGCAGUCAGAAUUUGAAAUUUUCCAAAUUUUGCUGGUAGGAUCUUAUAUUUUCUCUUGCCUGCAAGAUCUGGAGUUUUCCAAAUCUUCCGUUAAGAUUUUGAAUCUUGCAAGUCUUGCUGGUAGGAUCUGGAAUUUUCCAAAUCUUGCCAGCAAGAUUUUGAAUUUUCCAAAUCUUGCCAGCAAAUUGAAUUUUCUAAAUCUUGCCAGCAAGAUCUUGAAUUUUGCAAAUGUUGCUGGCAACAUCCCGGUUUUUUAACAUUUCGCCGGCAAGAUUUUGAAUCUUGGAAAGUUUGCUGGCCAGAUUGUUAGGGGGGUAACACUAUAAACUGAAAUUAAUUUAAACUUUUUUUUUAGUAAUUCUGAGUUAAUAGAGAGUCACAAGUUUAUCUUUUCAAAUCCUUCUUAUAACUGUAAAGUGUGACCCUUUCCACUAACUGUUUAUUAACCAAAGUAAUCCCAUACCACCGUCUUUUCUGGGAAAGCUCUUUUCUUGUUGUUGUUUCUUUAGCUCUCCUUAUUAAUUAACAAUGUGCAUUGAAGAGGGUGCUCUUUAAAUGUGAUUUUUUUAAACCUAUGUGUAAUAGGAUCUUGGUAUGAAGAGAUGAUCAACAACAGAAACCGAAGUGUAGUUCGAGACAUGAAAUGGAAUGCAGAUGGACAAAGGAUAUGCAUUGUUUAUGAAGACGGUAAUAUAAAAGUUGUUAGUAAAUAUAUGUAGUUGCCAGGAUUUAAAACCAGCAAAAUUAAUGGUAAUCCACUGUAUUUUUUUUAGAGAUAGAACCUGCAAAAUUAUUGGUUUGUAUGCUUGGUGUUUAUUACAGGUAGCAGUGUCAUGUGCGUUACAAACAUUCAGUAUAACUACUGGAUAUUUUCUCCAAGUAAUCAAUGUAGAAAGACCCUAGCUACAAUGCAAUGUAUUCACAACAUUCGUUGUGUCUGCCUUUUACUACCUCAGAGACGUUGAGAUAAAGCUGAUUCAGAAGUUUACUAGCCAAACCCACCAACCCCCAUUUUUGCUUUCAACAUUAUUUUACUUUAUCUUGUUAAUUGCUGCUUGCCUGUCAGACUACUCAAAAUUAAAACAUUCUAGCCUGCGACGGCUUAUGCCACCAAGCUUUUGGACAGCACUUUGGUGACACCUGUGAUUUCCUGCCCAACAGUCUGAUGCUCUACUAACACGAGCCAUUACUGAGGGAAUUGGUAGCAGGGGCGGAUCCAGGAUUUUUUUUAGGAGGGGGUGCACUCGUCUCUUGCCCUACUUCAAAACCGAUAAACCACAUAGUGUGUUUUUUUUUGCAGAAUACUAGUUGUAUUAGAAAACCGCAGGUCAUCUCAGGGAGGGGUGCGCACCCCCUGCACCCUCCCCCUAGAUCCGCCCCUGGGUAGAGCAUCAAGAUUAUAACUUAUAAGUAUUUGGUCAGUAAUGCUGAAAAAAUACCUCAUUUCUGUUCCAUUGUCUUUAGGUGCUGUGAUUGUCGGUUCAGUUGAUGGAAACAGAAUUUGGGGAAAAGAGUUGAAAAACCUGCAGCUUACAAAUGUGGAAUGGUCACCAGAUGGGAAGAAUAUCAUUUUUGGGAUCAGUAAUGGUGAAGUGCAAAUAUUUGAUAACACAGGAAACUUUUGUGUGAGUACGGGUCUGUUUUAUUUUUGGUUGUUUGUUUUUGUUAUUAGAAAAUGGUACUAACGUUAUCGAGUACAUGCAAAAUAAUAUAUUAUGGAAAGUCAUCCAGCAAACCGAAAAUGACACAAAGUGGAAACUUUGACAAUAAUAUGAGUUAUUUCAGAUAUUUCCAUUCAAUAAGAGUGGUACAAAAUCCCCAAUAGUUUAUUCUAAUUUAUAUGAAGUAUUAUUUGUUUUCAGACAAAGAUGACAUUGUUCUGCCUUGCUAAUGUCACAGGAGCUGUCAAGAUAGCUGGUAUUGAGUGGUCAGUAUGUUACAAUGUAGUGGUUGCAAUCUAAUUUUAAAAAUUUAUAUUAUCCGGCCAAGUGGAUUUCAACCAGGAACAGAUAAGUCUGAAUUGAUGGAUGAAUUAUCCAUCUGGCAAAUAGAUCUAGUUUACAACUACAAAACAAUUAAAUGGCAGUGUUCAUACAGUGCAUAAAUUAUAUUUCCCUAUGAGGAUAAACUAAGAAAAAGUGGAAAGAUUGCUAAGUAUUUAAGUGCAAUAAUAUUGGUUAUAAACAGGGUUUGUGAAUUAACUGGCCACAAUGAACCAAGAUCUCAUAUUAUGAGCUUUUGUGUACAUGUAGGUAUCUAGUGGCAUGCUGGAAAAGAGAGAUCUCCAUGGAUUUCUGUUGGGCAAAACAACAAAAAGUAUUGAGAGUGUGCAUACAAAGCUGUCAUUAAGGCCAAUAUUAAACCCAUAAGAAUUGUAAUGGCUGAGCUUACAUAAUCAUUUUGGUGAUCAAAGUAGAAAGCAAAAGGUGAUGCAAAAAGAUUUUGUGGGAAUAGUGGGGAAUAUCCAUUCGCUAUGGCUGCUUCAAAACUUCAAUUUCAGCCCUGGCAUGUGUACAAUUUUUAAAUAAAAUGCUUUUUCUGGUUUAGGUAUGAUGGAAGAGAAGGAUAUGUUGAACCAAACUGUCCUUGUCUAGCGGUGUGCUUUGAUGUUGGACGCAUGCAGAUUAUGAGACAUGAACUGGAUGAAAGUAAGAAAGUCCUCUUAAAGCAAAGUGGAGUCAUUAAAAACAUUAUAACAAUAUUAAAUUCAAUGUAGUUUUUUUUUCACUGUUAAUUUUAAUGCCUUUCGUCGUGUGGUUCAUAGAAGAAAAAUAUAAAAAUAGAAAUUAAGAUUACAGAGAUACCAAAGGACGUAACCUUAGAAAACAAGGAUAACAAUGCUGUAUAUAACUAAGAUAACGAAGUCCUCGGUAUAACGAACGAUUUUCGUUAUUACCCCAGUAACACUUAAAUAAUUUUAUAUGAAAAAGAACCUUGAUAUAAUGAAAGCUCAUUAAAGUGAACAAAUUUUACCGGUCCCUUGACCCUUCGUUAUAUCGAUUUUCCACUGUAUGAAUUGUUGGUCUAUUCUAGGCACCUGCGUUAUAAAUCGAAUAUCAAUACAUAACAGAUUAUCAGUAAUGUAUCAUUUAAUUAUUACAAACUUGUAAGGUCACUGAGCAGAAGCAUUUUUGAGUUUUCUGGGUACAUUAUAAACGUUAUAGAUCCUGUAUUGAUUGACACAUCAAUGGCUGUUGUGAAUAUACAGUGGAACAACUGUGGUGCUGUAUUAGCUGUUGCCGGCAUGCAGAGAGCGACUGGACAGGUGAUGCGCUAUCUUUGUUAGCAGAUCAUUUGAAAGUUUUUAUGCGACAACAUUUUUUAUUUGUACCUUUUUUGGUUUUUAUUUUAAAUUUUUAUUGGAUCAGUAUGUAUAUUAGAAAAUUUGCCAAUUAAAUCUCUAUAAAAGUGUAUGCGAAAAAUGCUGCAAACAACUACUACAGAACUGAAAAUUUGUAAUUAUAAAACAUUAUCCGUUCUUGUCCUGAGGGAAGCUGCUUCAGGGUACGAAAUUUAGUAGUUUCCCAAGUGACCGGUCAGUCAAAAGUGAAAAUUAUAUAGACCACGAAAAAGUACAAAUUUAAAAUCCCCUGUCUAAACCCUCGCCGAACCAGUGACAAUGACCUCUUGUCAACAAACAGUUUUGUAAGAAGGUAUUAUUUAUCCAACGUGUCCUCAAGUUCUUAAGGUGAUGUUACAGUAAACGGUACGAUUCGCAACGACGAUUUUUACCGCAACACAGCGUUGCAACAUUGUUGCGACAUUGUUUGGAAUGGAUACAACAUUGUUCCAUUAUUGCAAAGCUGUGUUACGCUAAAAAUCGUCGUUGCGCAUCGUCUCAUGUAACAUCACCUUAAUUCAUAUAAUAAUUAUAAUCUACAUAACUCUAUCCACUCUCGUUUUUGCAGGAGAAGGAUAUCAAUGUGGUCCAAUUUUACACUCCUUUUGGCGAGGUAAGUGACCUUGUAAAGCUGCGUGCAAACGGACGCAACGACUCCCAACAUUGUUGGUUGCUAAAAGUUUGACCGGUUUCAAACUUUGGGCAACAACUUCCAACAACACGCAACAACAUGCAACAGGGUGUGCAAACGGACGCAACAUGUAACAUCCAACAAUGUUGUAAGUUGUUGGCCAAUACUGUUGCUUCCGUUUGCACGGGGCUUAAAGGACUGUUUCUUGGUUCAUUCUUGCCUGAACCGGAACCGCCCGUGUGAACCUAUAAACCUUGUAGCACCUGUGACGUAAUCAGUUGUAAUGCUCUUUCUGACUUUAAUGCACGACUCAGUUGUGCGGGACAGAGACAUCUUCCCAAGCAUAAGCAAAUGUGACUUACUCUGUCAAAAGAGAAUCGAGAGAUACACUCGGAAAUCUUGACUCAUCACCCACUGGUUCUGAAUAAUAACUUUAAUAGUUUUCACAUUCCACCGCGUUUUAGCGAUAAAUGUCUUGUAAAGCCCAAAAGUAAACAAAUAAUGAUAAUAAUAAAUUAAAAGAAUAAACUAAUGAUAAUAAUAAUGAUAAUGAUAACGAAAACGUCGAGAGGAGAAAAAGACGGCGAAAAGAACAGGGAGUGUUUUAAAACUGGUUGAGGCAACUGUCUCUUCCAUCAUCUCGUCACGGAAAUUUUUCUAUGAAAGCCAAAGAACAGAACUGAGCACAAACCAUGUUUCUGUGGUCACUCUGUAAAGGGAAAAGGAAAAAGGUAAAGAGUGCUUAUUUUACGUCGUUAGUGCUCCGUUUUACGGGUAUUUAAAGCUACUUAAAGCUACACGGAAAGGAAAGAAGUUAAAAGAAGGAUUUGUGGUCACACCUGGGAAUCGAACUCCGAAACUCCCGCACAGGAGGCCACGCACUAACCAACUGCGCUAAUAUUUCCUUCUGAACCUUAGGUCAGGUUCUGUCUGAUUUCAAUUGAACUCUCUGGAUCCGUUUCUUGCUCUUAGGCCUAGGCCAAACGUCAAAUUUUUCCUGGGUUAGGCCGACCUGUAUAUAACAAUGCCCCUAUCCCUAAAAACAAUAGGUAGUGCAGGUUAUAGGGACCAAUGAAAUAAGAGGUUUGGAUCGGUGCAGGUCAAUCGCCUAAAUUAAGUUAAGAUCGUCUGUUGGGUCAGACAUCGAACUUAGGACGCGUCGAAGCAGUGAUAAAUUUUCUCUCGAACGAGGCCAAAUAUUCGUUAUCAUACAAAUGUUUAAUUUAUUAGUUUAGUUCGUCGCAUGUGAAGAUCGACGUUUGACCCGCGCCGGAGACGAUGCUAUCCGUCUGAAGCAGACGGAUAGAACAUGUUGGACGAUCCAAAAAUCAUUCAGACAAACUUAACUGAGUCAGACGUCAAACUGUCGUGAACUUAACCCACUAAGUUUGGUUCGUCCCAUGAAAAGUUCGACUUUUGGCCUAGGGCUUAGUGUCGUUUACCUGUAAUUUUCUUUGCAGCAUUUGCGAACGCUGAAAGUGCCUGGAAAACAGAUUACAGAGGCAUGCUGGGAAGGCGCUGGGCUGCGCAUUGCAUUGGCUGUAGAUUCAUUCAUCUACUUUGCCAACAUAAGACCCAACUAUAAGGUAAGUGAAUAGUUUGUGUUUUCAUCAAUUAAUUCUGGUUUCUAAGCUAACUGUAAGGGUGAUUCCACGCAUACAGUACGUCGUAAAUUUGUUGUUGAAAACGCAAACAUUUGUCCACACAUGAUGGCCCAUGAACAUUUGCACGCAUUCCUCGCCAUUGCGUCGAAAGGAUCCACAAAAACUUAAGUUUUGAAUCAGCGAGUGCCCAAGGUCAGGGCUGUCAUUAAGAGGCGUGGGCCGGGGAUUUUCCCAGGCUACUACGAACUUGGCUCCCGGCUACUUUCAUAGGAAAAUAGAAGAAAAAUAGAACCAAAAGAAACCCGUAGCUGGUUUGAUUCCCCGCCUACUUGUUGUAUUUACCUGGCAACUUGAAAUCUUAGUGACAACCCUGCAGGGUAUGAAACAACGAUUUUGAGUGCACUUUAUGAAGUUGACUUCCCCAAAGUUGUGCCGUCAUAUAUAAAAGAAAACAUAAAAGAAUAAGGUCCUCCGUUUACAAGAAUACUCUCUGGCCACGAUUUAAGCUUAUGUAACACGUAAUCCGGUGGACUUGGGUUCGAAUCCCGGUCGCUCUGACCACCAGCUGGAUUUGUUUCUUGAUGGUUGGAGUAUAACUCCAUGCUCAUGUUUGUAAAUAAGGAGCUUAAGUAACGACGACGACAGCAACGAGAACGCCAAAAAUGCGUCGGGUUCCGUUUAGUCAACAGAACAACAACUUUGCACGUGUAUCACGCUUUUUUUGUACAUUUCUUUGCCGUCGUUGCACGAUUACGGCGUGAAAAUGAGAGGUUUAAAGGUGAUGUUACACGAGACAUUGCAACGCUUUGUUCCACUACAAAUCGUCGCUGCGAAUUGUCCCUUGUAACAUCACCUUAUGGUGAUGUUACACGAAACGGUCGGCAAGGACGAUUCUCAGCGAAAUACAGCGUUGCAAUGUUGGAGCAAUGUUGCAACCAUUCGAAACGAUGUCCCAACAAUGCUGUAAUGCUGUAAUGCGCUAAAAAUCGUUGUUGCGAAUAGUCUCCCGUGUAACAUCACCUUUAGAAUCAUGUUUACGGUAAACUCAAACGUCAGUUCUACCAUGUGACCGAAUUUUUGUUAACUUGUCGUUCACUGUUCAUUAUAUGUACACAAAAAAAGAGAAGUUGCAUGCCAUCUCUUUUUGCCUAAAAUUUAAGUUAAAACAGAAGCAUGUGUAUGUUUCUGGUUAUAAAACUAAUAACAGAGUAUUUUUCUUUGUUUGUUUCUUUGUUUUAGUGGGGCUAUUUUUCAAAUACAGUAGUGUAUGCAUUUAACAAGCCUGAUCGUCAAGAACAUUGCGUAGUGUUCUGGGAUACCAAAAACGGAGAGGUAAGUCAUAAUGGAAUUAAACCUCGUUUCCAGGUUUCUCUCUAUCGAGUCGGAGACGACCUGGUGUCGAGAACGAAUCGACUCUUCUUUUAUUUUCAGAGCAGUUAUAAGAAUUAUGCCUGCAUAAAAUUAAUACAAAACAUGCUUGAAUGCUGAAAUGUCGUCUUUUAUUAGGCUGUAUAGAUUACAUUUGUAUCAGCCGAUGUUGGAGAAAUGAGCUCGCGCUUCUCAUCCGAAAAGAUGGCUGGUCACGCAGCGGGGGAAAUGGAGCCUAGAACUUCCCUCACUAUGCAAAAUAACUGCGCCAAAAUGAGAUUGCUUAUUCAGUCAGAGACACAGCCGACCCGGAAAAACAAAACAAAUUUUAAGCGAAGUCCACUGUGGCAUAUGCAAAGUGGUACAAGAUAAUGUAGGGGCGAGUUGCCUGUGUGACUGAUUGAAGAAAAGUCAUUCCCAUACAUGCAUUCAACAAGCUAAAACUUCACCAUCAUAUUUCAGCCAAAAUGUUGCUGUGUAUUACUUUCAGGGCUGUUAAAUGUAUAACGAGUUUUGUCAAACGUAAUUUGUUUUUCAAAUUAGUUCAAUAUGGAAUUUUGUUAGUGCAAUAAUACCAUUAACCCCUUGAUAAUAUUACCGUGAUGUAUCUAUUGUAUAAUCCAGUUUUGAUUUCGUAAAUAAUUAAUUGAAUUUUCCUUUUUUUUUUCUUUUUGCCGUCAGAAAUAUGUGAAGUAUGUUCGAAACUUGCUGUCAAUCACAGCUUCAGGAGAUCACUGCGUCUUGGCAACCAGGGCAGAUGAUAGCAGUGGACAGGUAGUGCCAGUGAAAUUCUCGGUAGCUGAUAAUUUAUCGUUGGUAAAUUAAAUGCUUGCGAUACCGUUGCAGCGCUCCGGUAUCGCAGAGGUCAAGGGUUCGAAUCCCGUACAAACCUGAUUAUUUUUUCAGGCUUUCUUUUCGCAACUGCAUAAGUUGCCUAUAUAACUGCGAUGAUCUUCCGUCAAAUGAUUCUUCACUCCGCAGUUCACAUAUAUGAUUUUCAUAUAUUCAUAAUUUUUUUAAACAUAUUUUUAUUGAACGCAGAUAUAACUUGUUUUUCUUAGUCAGUGUUGUGAAUGAAUCCUUUAGCGCUCUCCGGUAAAAAUCCUGUGGAUAACGGACUAACCAAUUCCCCAAGUAUAAUCUAAAAAACUUUAAAGAUUAUAAUUAAGAUACUCAAUGUACCUCUCAUAUCUGUAUACAGUCGAACCUCUAUGAGCGACCACCUCCCAUAAGCGACCACUUAAGUCCAAAAUACUAAAAUUUUCCCAGUCUAAACCUUAUGGUAGGAACCUCUCGUUUAGGAACACCUCUCGUAAGCGACCGCAACAAUUGUAUUCAUCCUCUUUUAGGCGACCACCUGAGAAAAUGGCCUGAUUUAUGUGUUCACAGUAUGUUAUACGCUGCUUAGAGGAUGAGAAGAACUUUUAUCCGGAAAUACAUUCUCUCUGAAAAAUAUAUGUGUUCGGCUGACUUCUCCUCGUAAACGAACUUCUGUAGUUCGAAUCUCGUAAGCGACUUCCUCCCGUAAGUGACUGCAUUUUGGGUGGUCGCUCACAGGAGAUUUUAACUGUAUGUGAAAAUGUAUACACUGUAGUUAACAUGUUAAUCUUGUUUUUUAGCAUGUUCUUGUGCUUUGCAAUGCCAUCGGUACUCCAUUAGACUCCAAGUACAUUGAAAUCGGUAAGCAGUUAGGGGGAGAACAGACGAAAUUUCGCGACUCCACCGGUGGUUUUCCCGCGAAAUAACGUCUGAGAAAUGAGCGCAGAAAUUCUAUACUGAUGACGCGUCACUAUCCAUAUCUGGGUAGUGCUUCUGAUUGGUCGUGCCGCGUGGGAAAUCUGCAUCAACCAAUCAGAAGUACUACCUAGAUCUGGGUAGUGACGCGUCAUCAGUAUGGAAUUUGUGCGCUCAUUUCUCAGACGUCAUUUCGCGGGGAGACCAGCGAUGGCGUCUCGAAAUGUCGUCUGUUCUCUCAGGCCAGUAAGCAGUGAGGUGCUGUUUUUUGUUCCCUGACGGGAGACAGUAAAGUUUUCUAGAUGUUCUUGACUCACUGUCCACUUAUUUUGCUUUAUAGAGCCCCUUUUUGUAGCCAUGACUCGGAAAAAACAUUAUCCGUUCUUGUCCUGA